UCUGCUUUAAACAGUUUUUAACAACAGCAUUUACUCAUCACAUGUUUUCUGUGCCACUUUUGUUUGCCUGACCAGAAAUGCACGCAGUGGCUAAAGAGAUUGUACCCAUUAACGGUGCUGACCUUCUCAAUAUCAGUAAUAUCCUUCUAGAGAAGUGGCUUUGCACACCAGGGCAGACAAAUGGCAAGGACCUCCAGUACCAGGACUCUGUGACUGAUCUUACUGAGGAUCCUGAUCUCAUGAGAGUGGUGUAUUUGCUGCAGAUGCACUCCAUGGAUAUGAGGCACGUCUGCUCAGUCCCAUCCUGAGUGCAAAGACAAAGGUAAAUUAUAUAGCUGUUUCUUCAGCAUGUAUAUGAUUUCUUCCCAUUUUAUACAGUAUUAGUAUAAUUUAAAGGGCCAGUGGGUAAAAUCAAAGCUCUAAAGUUUACAUGUACAGUAACACUGUAAUUAUUAUUUAUAACUCCUUCACCCUACAUUCCCUCCAAGCCCAUAUACAUGUAUACCUGCCUCCUACAAUUUCUGAUGGACAUCAGUUUAUCGUCAUGUUCAUUUGCAACAAACCUUUCAUUUACUGGAUGAAUGAACGUCAGCAUUCAUUCAUACGCCUCGUCCCAUAUGAGGAAAGUAUAUCUGGAAAACUAAGCAUUACUUAUCAGACUUGACACAUUAUACUGGUGUGUAAAACCUAACACUAACUUUUUUUUAAAGAAAAACAAAGUACACAAUGAUUUAUUACAUUAAUACUAAAUAACGUUAUCUGUAUAUAGUUACACUUCAUAUAAUUUAUGUUUGGGCUGCAGCGACUAGUCUGAAUAAUCAGUACACUUCCUGUAGAAGUCCCUGUAGAAGUUAUUACAAUAAAAACGAUAAUGUUUAGAAUGAGCACAUUAGUCUGUCUUUUUUUGUUGUUGUUGUUCUUUUCUCAGCUGUUGGGAAGAUCCGGUCUCAGACUGACCUUUGAACACCGCAGCUGUGCGCUGCUCUGCCUCAUUCCCCUUGUAGACACCUUGUUAUUUUAUAAUCAAUAUUUGUCUCUACUGUAUGUGUGUAUGCUGCGCGUCUAGUAGCAGAUUUGUGUUUGGAGUACGAGGUUCUACGCUAUCAAGCGAUAAGAUUUUAUUUUGAAAAACACUGGAUACUGGUAAUAUGUGUACAGCAAACAGACUUUUAUUUAUAUCUGCAGAAAUAUGACCUAAAACAUCAUCAGAU